GGCACAGUCAGUAGCUCCCAGGCAGUGAGACCGUGCGUAAUAAUGUAUAACCGGUAUCUGUGUAUCUCACUUAGUUAUGUCAUAGAUGACAAUCCUUCUGCGUGAAAUUUUCUUCCGAAUAAUUUAAUAUCUAAACAUUAAAGGUCAAGGACAACGUGAGUGCGUUACAAUCUUAGAUUAUUUCGAACAAAAAAAAAAAAAUAGGUACAAACCUGAGAGAGAUAGAGUUGAAAAAGAAAAAAAAAAGAAAAUAAAAAUAAUACUAUUGUACGUAGGAUCUUUAAAAGAAAAUUAUUUGGGAUUCUUGGAGUUGGUACUACUCGGUACCGAGCUAGCUUUAUUGCUAGUAAAUACCUUAACCGUAGAAAGAAGAAGAAGAAGAAGAAGAAGAAGAAGAAGAAGAAGAGCUUGGGCUGAGGUGAAUUGGUCGAACACAGUGCUGCCAGUUGCAAGCUCUGUCUUUCUCUCUUUCUCUCUCUCUCUCUUUCGCUCACUCUCGCUCGCUCUCACUCCAUCUAACUAUCUAUCUAUCUCUAUCUCUUUUUGAACGGAGUCGACGCCGAAAGCUCGAUGCAAAUCGACGUCGUAUAAUAAUAAGUUCGAUGAAGAUCGACGUUAGCGUUCUCGUUAAUUUUCUUCCUAUUAAUUCUAUUUCUUCUUGUGUUGUGUCUACGUGUCACGGUUCGAUAGCAGCCAGAUGAACGUCGCCGACCUCAUCAGCAACAGCAACAGCAGCAACAGCAACAUCAUCAGUAACGUUGGCGUAUACCUGGAAAGUUAUAGUACCAUAGGAAGUACAUCGUUCUCUGAAACGCUCCAACGCUCUGCCGGAUGUCAACGAACUCCUCGUAGAGGAGAAGAGGAAGAAGAAGAAGAAGAAGAACAACAAGAACAAGAAACUUUCUCGUGCAUAACAGAGAAAGAAGAGGUGGUGUUUAACGGCAAGGUUACCAAAACGAUUCCUAUCAAUUUAUUCGAUGGAGAUGAUUGUUUUAGUUUUAACACAAAUACAACGAUCGCAACAUUUGCCACGAUAUCAUCGCUACGAAAUAGCUGAUUCGAUCUAAGAUCAAUGAUAGGUCAUUGACUUUUGCACAUGCGGCUCACCGAAUCUCCGAACGACUAACAAACGAUUGGUACAAGAAGGCUAAAUCGAUGUCCAACUGACGGAUGCGCGCGAUCCCAUUGGUGAACGAGUUUUCAGGGAAAUGUCAGCAUUCUUCGUAGAUAACAAGAAGAACGUUUGUUUAGAAGUAGUUUAUGAUAUGAGAAGAACCUGAGACUUUAUAAAAUACGUUGUACUUUUUGAUAAUAAGAAUAUUCAAAGUUCUUUUUAGGAAGAUAUACAAGUAAGGUUGUGCAAAAAGUUAGGUAUAAACAGGUUCGAAUAAUAGUGCCUGUUAAAGUGUUUAAAGAAUAGGAUUAUAUAGUGCUAUUAUAUUUCGCAGAUAGGAGAAAAAUAAAGGAAAGAGAGCGAGAGUAAAAAAGGAAGAAAGAAAGAAAGCGAGUAACAGAAAGAGAGAGAGAGAGAGAGAGAAAGAGAUUAGAGGGAAGAAAUUUGUAUAAAAGUCUAGUAACGGUAGAAUACUGGUGAGUUUUAGUCAAAAUUUGCUGGAGGAGUGGCGGGGUAACUACCGUUCUUUGCAUGGAGUGAUGAGCGGGGCCCCUGCACGGGGCACAGUGCCCCGACGUCAAAGACGCCAUCAUCAUCAUCACCAUCAUCAUCAUCAUCAUCAUCAGAAACAUCCAAAACACGCUCGGAAGGAGCCUUCCGAGGAAUUGGAAGAAAAACGACCAAAGGUCAAUCCGAUAUUCCUCUGGGCGUCUCAAAGAGAACAGAGGAUAGUCGAGGUUAGAUGUGAGGAUUAUGACAAGAGAAAUCGCAUAAAAUUGACGAAGACUGCGCAAGGAUGGCGUUCGAUACCGAGAACGGCAUCCAACAUGUAUUCCACCGGUCUCGGUACGAAUCAAGAAAAGAAAAUUACACCGGCGUGCACGUCGUCGAGUUCAAACUCGAACGAAGAGAAGGAAAAUGGGAAGACCGUGACCGCAACUAGCAUAAAUAAUAAUUUAAUAAUCGAUAAAGAAAGUAUCGGUAAGAAGCGUAGAUACGAUGACUUUUUGAAAGACAAGAAAUAUUCUCAGGAUUAUUACCCGUUGGAAAAUCUUCAAAAUGGAGUACGAGUUAGUAGCGCGGAAUGGAAAAGGAAUCGAAGAAGGGUCUCCUGUUCGGAGGGGGAGGAAGAAGAGGAGGAGGAUGAAGAGGAGGAGGAAAACGACGACGAUGACGACGAUGAUGAUGAGGAUGAAACCGAAGACGAAGAGCAAGACGACAACCAAGAUGACGGGAGAAAAAAGGCUAGGUCCUUUGGAUCUAUGAAUUUGAAGAAUACCAACGGUAAAAGCAAUCUCGAAAGAUUGCAAAAGGACAUACACUUUCAACCGCGAGUAGUCCUAGAACAUCUUCACUUAUCUCAGCUACCUGAUCAUCGAGAUGUUCUCUUACGAAGGAGUGAUAAGAUCCUGAACGGUCACAAGGAAGUCGGUGACACUUGCAACGAUGACGAGAAGAAUAGAGGGGUGGACAAAGAAUUGAACAACGAAAGACGAAAUGAAGAUAUCGACGCUGAGGAAGACGAAGAAGAUGAGGGCGAUGAUGAGGAGGACGAAGAGGAGGAGGAGGAGGAACCAGAGGAAGAAGAGAUUAAUGACGAUAGGAACAAAUGUCGAGAAAAUAAAGAGGGUAUUCAAGACAUAUUAAAUAUGAUAGAUGCCACAGCCUCACCCGUUUUAGCAACCGACACGCCCAGUGCCGACUUACCGAUGCACUCUAACAAAACUUUCGAAUUAGUUUUGAGCGAGAACGUAUAUCAAAAGAAAAUUAGCGAUAAGAAGAGCAAAGACUUGGAUCCUGCCUUACCUAGUGCGGUAAUAAAAAAUAAAUCAAGGACAGACUUUAUAUCCAAUUAUCAAAAGGAAAAUGUUGAAAAUAAUGAUAAUAUUAAUGAUUGUGAUCAAUUAGAAGUACACGAGGAGAAGAUACUCGAUCGUUGCAAUUUGAAUCUCGACGAAAGAAAAAAUCAUUUAUCAAAAGAAUCAACUUUUGUUGCUUGCAAAAAUUAUAGUAGUAGUAGUAGUAGUAGUAGUAAUAAUAAUAAUAAUAAUAAUAGUAGUAGUAGUAGUAGUAUCGAUAUCAAAUCUUGCAAAGUGGCAGAAGCUGACGGUGGCAUUAGUCGUUCCAAAUCUGAAUCGAAUUCUCUCCUUCAUAAAUGGAAAAACAAUGUAGCUAUGAACGUAUCAAAAAUAAACGAGGAAGCACCCAGCGAACCCGGUGGACCAACGAAGAUAGAUUAUACUAGUAGUUCAACGAUAUUGAACGCUCUUAGAAAUACUCCAGGACUUUCGGUUUCCAUAACGAGAGCUCAUCCUCAAGAAAUAACCAAAAAUGUAAACCCACCUUCCUCCAGACCCUCAUCGAAAAGUUCCUCGUCGAGCAGAUCACCCGAUAGUCAAGCAGAAAAUGUAGAAAGACUUUUGAAAGGUACCAUGAUCGAUUACUCCACAACGAGAUCGUUCGAUGUCCGCGGUCAAGCAUUAAAUUUACCUCGAAACCUUCCAGGUUUGUCGAUCGUCAUACCGAAUUAUCGUUAUCGCAACGUAUCUAAUUCACAGUCAACGACGAAUUCGACCUCACCAAAAACCAAGGACAGAGUGGAAUCGCCAGAGAGUACUGUUAAUUUUCCAAAAACUGACUUCCCACAUGAGGAGGAGGAAGAGAGAGAUCUCGAGGACGACGAAGACGAUUGCGAUUCGCAAGUUUUGGAAGAUCUUAGAAGACAAAAAGUUGAUUCUUUAGUUUUUGAUAGCGUCGAUAGUGGUUGUUUUCAUAGAUCGAAUUCUAGGAACAAUCAGGAUGAUCGCAAUACUCCGAUAGAAAAUGUUAAGGAUCGUACAGAUGGUAGUGCAUGGAACGGUUCCGGUCGUAGUAGCGAAGCUCAAGCAAAGUGUAAGUACCAGGACGUGGAACACUUUGAUGAACAGGUCCUCGAAGAACUUAGAUCUCGCGGUACCGUGGUUUCGCCUCAACCCAGUGGUAUUCCGUGUUCACCUGCCUCCAAAAGGCCAUCCUCGGUGUACUUGGAAAGACUAUUACCGAGCCCACCUUGCUCGGUGUCCUGUUCGGAGGAUGCUAAAAACGAUUUGACUUUAAAGGGUAUUUUAUCGUCCCCGAGUUGUCUUGAAAAUAAAGAUUACGAUAGAAUUAGGGAAAGUACGUCAAAUCGAUGCGAGCCUGGAUCGAACGAAUAUACGACUACUAUUCCUAGGUCGGAUUAUUCCAAAGAUAACGAAAGAUCCAACGUUGGUGGUACGCGUAGAACUGUACGAACUUUUCAAGAACAUUCUAACGUACAAAAUCAAGAGAUGAAGAAUUCGGUAAGACCAUUGUCGAAUAGUGAUAUUCACAGUAGUCUCUUUAUAAGCGAUCGUAAUACAGCGAAGAAACCUAUGUCGGCCGAAUGGACGAUUAAUCGGUUAAGAAAACAAGCAGGUUAUCACAAAAUACUGGUACGAUCGAGAAUGCAAUCGGCGGAAUAUCAAGAGGCUUACGCGACGUCUACUAGUACGGACAAACUUUUAGACCCGGCCAGUCAACUGAGAGAGUUGAUAGAAACAUCCGGCCAUUUAAUACCUGAUCCCCUUUUAGUACCACGUGACUAUCUUCCAGCUUUGGCCGCUGCCCCGGCUACCGAAAUUCCGAAACUUUUAGCCUCGAGGCCAGAAUUAAGAUUACCAGAAGCAUUAACGAGACCGGAUCUAUUAAGAGAUCCAGAUUUAUUAGUGAUAUCGUUGAGUCAUCUGCAACACGUGCUCGAUCACGGAGAAGGUCCUGUCUCCAGGUCACGACAAUCCCAAUCUAGGAUCGGCAACGGCGUUAACAAAGGAUCGAGUCACGCUAACAACAACGGUACAAGGAACGGUACGCAAAUUAGGCCCAAGCUUAGUUGCAAGCCCAUCGGCACGCUGAUGCCUGCGCCAAUCGAUCUCUCCAGCAAUCGCCGUUCCAGCCCCUAUCCGCCAUUACUCAGGGUACGAACUGGAUUGCUCAAACAGGAACCGGAAGUCAGUUCGACGGCCAACUCGCCGGAUGAUUCGCAACUUUGGCAUCCCCUUUUUGGCAGUCAGAAGAGGCAAUUACAGCAACAGCAACAAAUCCAGCAGCAACAUCAGCAACAUCAGUAUCAGCAUCAGUUUCCACAUCCACAUCAGCAUCAAAAUUUGCAUCAGCAUCAAAAUCAACAACAACAGCAUCAGCAUCAGCAUCAACAACAUCAACAUGCAUCGUGGCAUAGAACUACUUUAGCGUCCUGACCGUUAAGACCAUAACCUUGACCAAUGGUCGACUUUAACCAAUAGCAUCCAUCUUAAUGCAUAAAAGAGAUAGGAAAGUAAAAACUAUUUGCUAUGUUGUUCGACUAGGAGAGAGAACAAAAAAAAAAAUUGAAACGAUUUUCAACUCUAACCUAAAGCGUUAUAAAAGAUAGGAAAUCAUUGGCGUAGGAACGAUUAUGUAUUUAUAAGAGUACUGAUUAUUUUAAUGCAACGUCCACAAACGUAGCUAAAUCGAUCAAUAAUGUUUGAUCAACGAUCUUUGACAUUGUGACAUUGUUAUUCUCAGCAGUUAAUUUCUUUUUACUUUUAUUUUCUGUUUUUUUUUUUUUCAUAUUAUUCGUUGGGACAACAGUGCAAUAAUACGCCGUGAUUAUUCAGAAUACUUUUGUUGUACUUCAAAUAUUUCCUCGUUACCGUUAGUUUGUUCUUUUUUGAUCUAGUUUUAUUCGUCGUUACGAUAAAAUAUAUUAAAUAUCCUUUUUCAUAUAAGGCGUAUUUGAUUGAUUAAUUAAUAUUUCCGAGGAUCUAUGCAAUAGAUUCUUUCGUUACGUUCGAAUAAUUUACAUAUCGUCCUCGUUAGAUUUGUUAGAGAUUUGUUUUUUUAUAUCAUGUAAUACAUUUACCUAAAGAUUACAAAGAUCGCGUAUCAUUUAAACGUGCAAUAAAUUUUCUCUCUAUUAUUUCCAUCCCAUAAAUCAUCAGGGCGAUAACGAAAUAUAUCAGAUUUUUAUUUAAUUAUCAUUAUAAUUAGCGAAAGUCGAUCAAAAGACUCUACGAGUACGAACGAGUCGAGUUUGCAGAAUGAUAAAAAUAAAAAAUAACAUCGAUUAAUAAUAUAAAUAUUAAAAUUAGUGAAAACAAUUUGUGUUAAGAAUGCGCGCCAAGUCAUUGAAAUAGAACGAAUUAACACAGUAUUGAAAUAUUCGACAAUAAUUUGAUUAUUUAAAAUCAAAUAUUAUACCAUGCGAGGGUGUUCAAGCCAAAAGUGUACGUGCCUGUCGUAGUUUCGUAUAUUUAAAUCGCUGUAAAUUCGACUCCGAUUAAUUUUCUCUAAAUUAAAAAUGAUCCAAAACAAAAACAAAGAAAGAAACAAAAGAGAGAGAAAUAUUUUAUAAUCUGCGUAUGUCGUAUAUCUUAUUUUUAAAAACUUAUGUUAUCUUAAAAUAAUAUUUUCUAGAACACUCAUAACAGAUUUAUCUAUCCGUCUGUAUAUUUCUAAAGACAAAAAAAAAGGAAACAGAAAGAAACGAAAAAGAAGAAAUCGUUAAGAAAAGAAAAGCAAAAAAAUACAAAAUACACGCUCAUACGUUUAACGCGUUAGAUGCGUUUGCGUCAUCCGAUUAGAAACGCUAAACUGCACGACAUUGAAUAAUCGAAAAAUUUUAAAACGUUUAAUUUGUUUGAUAUAAGUAUAUAUAUGCGUAUAAAAAAAAAUGGAAUAGGAAAACGUAAAAAAAUGUUGAUUGUAAGCGUCCUAUGACGAGGCUAGGUGCUAUUCGAUAGAUUUAAAAAAAGAAAACGAACAAAAAGAUAAGACAAAAGUGAAGUAAAAAGAAAAGCGGAUGAGAAGCAUUAAUUAAAAAAUCGUGUAGAUAGUUUGUUUAGGUAGGUAAAAUAUUUUAUACGAUGUAACACACACAUACACACAGAUACAAGAAAAAAGCAGCAUCAUGUACACACAUGGACGUAUUAUCAUUAUUUAGAAAAUGAUAGAACGAAGUGGCACGGAUACGCACGAUGCGCACGACUAAAUCGUGAUUGAUAGAAAUCAUAUUUCCGUAUCCGUAUGUCCGAUCGAUUAACAUAAAUCAUAGAAACACGUGGCGUUAUUAUUACAAUAUACAGGGUAAGAUAAAAGUCGCUUUGCUCAGAAAUUCGUUAAUACAAGUAAUUUGUUCGUGCAAUGAUGUAUGCGAUUACAACUGUACAAACGGCUGAUAUUUUAAUAUAUCUUUUUAUGCGGUUACUAUGACAACGGUAUUGUUGGUAAAUGUUUUUGCACAAAAACCACAAGAUUUAGAUAAGUUAAAAAAUAGUUGAUAGAACAAAGUCACGCUAGAACUUACAAUUAGGCGCGCAACCCUCAAUUGUGUUUCGCCAUAUAUAAUUAAAUCAGUAAUAAAACGAUAUGAGUUGUGUAUUCAGUAUACAAUGGACACUAAUUUGAACAAUUAAUGUGAACAAAUGCAGAGGAGUUAAUACAUAAAAAUAUGCAAAUAAAUAAUAGUUUGUUUAAAGUUU